AUGGAGCAUGUUGCAUUAAAUAUUUUUCGAUGGUCUGCUUUGGUGGCGGGAAUAGGAUAUGGAUAUACACAUCGCAAUAAUUUGGCAGCAAAGAAAAAAAGAAAAGAAGAAGAAAUUUUGUAUAAACGCAAGGAAGAUAUUAUUAGAGAAGCCCAAAUGGAAUAUACAAAACUUUAUAUGCCUUCAAAAACAAAUAUUUUAACAGACCCUGAUGACCCAAAAUUUGAUCUGGAAGCAUAUUUAAACAGUUUAGAAUCAAAAUAUUCACAAUGA